AUGCGGUUUUGUGUUGACUACCGCCGCCUGAACGACGUUACAAAGAAGGAUAGCUAUCCCUUGCCAAGAAUUGAUGACACGCUGGACAUGCUUACAGGCGUAAAGUGGUUUAGUACGCUGGAUCUGAAAAGUGGCUACUGGCAGGUUGAAAUUGACCCUAAGGACAAGGAGAAAACUGCAUUCUCCACAGGAAAGGGUCUGUGGCAAUUUAAAGUCAUGCCGUUUGGAUUGUGCAAUGCUCCAGCAACGUUUGAAAGAUUGAUGGAGCUUGUACUUACCGGGCUAAUUGGAGAUGCCUGUCUGGUCUAUUUGGAUGACAUCAUCAUCGUAGGCCGUACGUUUGAGGAACACCUUCAAAACCUGGAACGCGUGCUCAUGAAGAUCCAGAGUGCCAACCUCAAGUUGAGUCCAAAGAAGUGCUCACUAUUCAAACGGCAAGUUAGUUUUUUAGGGUAUGUAGUGUCGGAAGAAGGUAUCCGCACGGAUCCAGAAAAAAUUGCCGCUGUCAAGGAGUGGCCGGUUCCAAAAGACAAGACACAGGUUAGAGCAUUUUUGGGUUUGUGCUCUUAUUAUCGGCGAUUUGUGAAGAACUUUGCAGAUAUAGCCAAACCUCUGCACAAGCUAACCGAGGAGAAGCGACAUUUCUGCUGGGAUGAAAGUUGCGAUAUUGCAUUCCAGGAGCUCAAGAACCGUCUGUGCAAAACACCUAUUUUGGGGUACCCUGAUGCGGGCAAGGAAUUCAUAGUUGACACAGACGCAAGUGAUAUAGGACUUGGCGGUGUGUUGUCUCAACGGAAUGGUGACCAAGAGAUUGUGAUAGCGUACUUCAGCAAGUCAUUGUCAAAGCCGGAAAGGAACUACUGUGUCACAAGACGCGAAUUGCUUGCUGUGGUAAAGUCCUUGCAGCAUUUUAGCAAAUAUCUUCUAGGGCGGAAAUUCCACUUACGAACUGACCAUGCUGCACUGAAAUGGCUAUUGCAGUUCAAAAAUCCGGAAGGACAAGUUGCGAGAUGGAUUGAACUACUGCAGGAAUACGACUUUGUGAUCGAACAUCGCAGCGGGAAAUCUCAUAGCAAUGCAGAUGCAUUGUCAAGAAGACCUUGCCCUGAAGAUUGCAAGCAUUGUACUAUGCAAGAGGGUAAGGAAGUGGUAUCUGUGAGGAUGCUCAGGACAGACCAGCUCAGCAAUGAGUGGAAGGACAGCCUACAACAUGCACAGCAGGAAGAUUCGGAUAUUAAGCCGAUUCUGGAAUGGAUGAAGGCCAGUGCUCCUAAGCCCAAGUGGAGCGACGUCUCAGCAAUGAGUUCGACCACGAAAAGCUAUUGGGCCCAAUGGGACAUCUUGCUGAUUCAGGAUGGAGUCCUGUGCCGUAAAUGGGAAAAUGGUCGGGGAGACAGUUGUCAUUUACAAAUGGUUGUCCCUAAGGCUAAAGUACCGGAUGUUCUACAGCUGUACCAUAGUGGUUGUUCAGGAGGCCACCUGGGAGUUAAACGAACUCUACUGAAAAUCCGAGAACGGUUUUACUGGGUCCACUGUCGUGACGAUGUCGAGGACUGGUGCCGCAAAUGUACAAGUUGUGCGGCUGUAAAGGGACCUCAAAUUCGUAGUAGAGGCGCAUUGAAAUUGUACAAUGUUGGUGCACCAUGGGAGAGGAUAGCCAUUGACGUUGCGGGGCCGUUUCCGGAAAGUGAAAGUGGUAACAAGUAUUUCAUGGUUGUGAUGGAUUACUUCACUAAGUGGCCAGAAGUCUUCGCCAUUACAAAUCAAGAAGCUUCAACAAUUGCAGAUAAACUAGUUCAUGAAGUCUUCUGUCGUUUUGGAGUACCUUUAGAGAUUCACAGCGACCAAGGAAGGAAUUUCAAGUCUUAA